AUGAAACCUACUCCGGUGGGCUCCAUCUUAAGUCUGCGUGAAGGCCAGAGUCAACUCGCCUCACGUCAGACUAAAUGGGAAGCUGUUGAGGCAUUCUGGAGAGAAGUCGAGCUUGAGGAAAUCGAGAAAGACAAUCAGCUGUUGGAGAGGAAAAUGGACCGAGUUGAC